GCAAGUCUGGACAACCAGAGUACAACUGGAGUUGCAAUAAAAAUGAAGUAUCUUGGUGUGGUCGCCAUUGCCAUCCUGCUGAGCCUGUCCAGCAACCGUGUCUGGGUCCAGGCCAAGCCGCAGAUGUGCCAGCAGGCUCCCUCGAUGGUGGGCAUGGCCCAGGAUGGAGCUGCCUGCAUGGCCUUCAUGCCGGCCUGGACCUAUGACGCCUCCAAAAACGCCUGCUCGGAGUUCGUCUUCGGUGGCUGCGGCGGGAACUCCAAUCAGUUCUCCUCCCGAGAUGAAUGCGAAAAGGCCUGCAAGGACUGAACAAAGUCACACACCUUGGGGCAAAACCCAGUGUUUUAAGCAAGGCAAAUAGCCGGCAAGCUUGUUUUGCAAAAGUUCAACCAAAACAAACAAUAAAAGAGAACUUAACUAUAA